ACAAAAAACAACGAAGGCAUCAUCAGAAACCUCGACCGCCAUGUGAUAAAAGGCCUCUCCGAGGACUACUCGAAACCCCGCCGUAGCUAAAUCUGAAUAAACCGCCAUGAGUCUCUUUGGCAAGCAGCAUAACAACUUGGAUGCUCUCCUCCACCGACCACGACCAAGUCUAUGGGAUCAGUUCCUAGACCAGCCAUGCAUCUUCCUCGCUCGCAAGCUUUACACCUGGCGGCAAGCUGUUCCCGCCCAGCCGCUUGUGGACCCGGUAUCCGUAGUCUGCGUCUCCGACACACACAACACCCAACCACCGCUCCCAGACGGGGAUGUCCUCAUCCACGCCGGCGACCUCACGCAGUCGGGGUUGCUGCUAGAGCUCCAGGCCGCGGUAAAGUGGCUGCGUGCCCAAUCGCACCCUGUCAAGGUCGUCGUUGCCGGCAACCACGACCUGCUGCUGGACACCGGUUGUGACGGCCAAAAACGCACCGCGAACGAGAACGCGGUCGCUGAGCGCGGAGCCAUCGACUGGGGUGAUAUCAUCUACCUGGAAAACGCCGAAAUAACCGUCACUUGUCCCAACGGCCGCCGGCUUCGUGUUUACGGUAGCCCCUGCUCGCCUCGUCAUGGUAAUUGGGCGUUUCAGUAUCCUCGCGCCGAGGACGUCUGGGCAGGGACUGUCCCGCACGGCAUCGACGUGCUGGUGACGCAUAGCCCGCCGCGGGGACAUCUCGACCUGCUAAAGCUGGGCUGCGAGCACCUGUUGCGGGAGCUAUGGCGGGUUCGCCCGAGGCUGCACGUCUUUGGGCAUGUCCAUGAGGGCGCGGGCACCGAAUGGCUGCGGUUUGAUGAGUUGCAGGGCGCGUACGAACGGACUGUGCUCGCUGGUGGUGGGGUCUGGAAUCUGCUGUGGACGGUGAAGGCGUUUUUGCGUUCGCUUUUACGCCCGGCUGCGGAGGCGAAGUCUUUGCUCGUCAACCCGGCCAUUGUCGGCGGCUUACGAGACAACGAGCGGCGGCGGCCGAUCAAGGUGGUAAUAUGAUGGAAUACUAAUUAUACUUGCAGAACAGGGAUUCGGUU